AUGUUUGGUGAGAGUGUGGCUUACUACUAUGGAAACGUAUUCAGAAGUCAUUUUAUAGCACCAGAUAAAAGAUACAGAAUAAGUGGAUUGGAUAUGGGUGUAUUGGAGGAGUCAGGAGCAGAAGAUAUCAGAGCAGUGGGACGAGUGAAUCAGAACAACGAGAUUGAGCUAUUCAACUGCGACUUGAGAGUGGUAAAUACGUUUGUGAUUGGUGAGACUGAUCAAUAUUAUGAGGUGUAUGGAACAGAGGGAAUAAAGACGGUGAUAGAGAAGCCAGUGGAAUUGAGAAGGAAUAAGAUGUAUUUAUGCACAGUUGUAGGGGAAAAAGAUGAAAUGAGAAUUUUGAAACUGGUGAAAAAUGGAGAGAAGAAGAGGAUUCCUGGUACAUUUCUGACUGGUGAAUUGGUGAUAAAAGAGCAUGGCCAUUGGAUCAAGACAGCCGUAGGAAGUGGACCAAUUCAGUUACAGAGCAAUAGAGAGUACAAGAAUGGUGAGAGUGUGACUGCUAUACUGAAUUAUGCCUGUGGAAAUAAAACUGGAUUUGUUGAGACAAACAAUCCAAUACGUCACAGCAGAGUCAACGUAGUGGCAACAAGAGGCGGAAUCCACUGGGUUGAGAGUGGAAAUGUGCGUGGAAUUGUCCUUGAGACCGAAGAUACCAAGAACAAGAAUGAGCUUGUUGUGAAGGUGGAAAAGGUGAGACUGGGCCACUACGUGUUCAGAGAGAGUGGACUAGAAAUUGGAGGAAGACGCCUCUUUCGAAUUGUAGGAAGAACGGCAGCAACAGACUGCUUUCUGCUACGAAUUCAGAAGACGAAGGAGAAGCUGAAGGCGAGAGUGAUUGGAGACCACAGAAUAAAGCAGUUUCGAGGAUCAAUCGUAGACUACGACGAUACGACUGAUCUAUAUCUCGUUGAAAUUGAGAAAGAAGAAGAAAGGGAGGAAGCAGCAAACAAGUCAGAAACAAACAAGGAGGUUCUUGAUGAAAUCAGGGAGUCGUUGCUUCUGAACAACUACGCUGUCUUUGCCAAAUACGACAGUCUCCUCUACACCGACGUGGAAGUGCUCUUUCUGUUUCUGUCUCAUUUGCUCUCCCAAAACAAGCUUGAUUUGGAGGACAUCAGCAAAUACCUUCCAGGGCACCUCAAGAACGAGAAUACCACGAGAAAACUGGCUGAAAUCAGGAACAAACCCCUCAGGGAGCACAUUUUCAGGAAAACGGGGAAGAAGAGUGCGUUUCUGGCACUGUCUGAGAUGCUUAGUCCCGCUGAACUACGCGAAUACUGCAAAAACAGACGAAAUCUGGCCUAUUUGGCAACACAGGCAGCAAACAGCAAAACAGUCAAAAAGUUACUUGAUUCAGGCGUAGUUGAAACAGAGGAGCAGCUUCGAAUUGUCCUGAGCAAAGUCAGAGACGAUUCAGAACGAGCCACUCUCCAGGCCAAUGCUCCUCCACUAACUAACCAAUAUUAG